GUAUUUUUGUCUCCUUAUAAUGAAUUUCUAUAUAGUGAAGUUGUCUAUAUAAUGAACAAAUUUUACAGCUGGAAAUUCAAGCGUCCUAAGUUUUUGUCUCCAUACAGUGAAUUUUUUCAAAAGUUUUCUGUUGCAAAAAAUUACAGUUAGAUGUGGACAAACUGUAAUGAGGGGAAUCCCAAAAUUAAAACAGAAAGAGCUGAGCUAUUACAGUUUUAUUCAGUGAUUGAAGUUAAAAUGACGCAUCGAAGCAGCAUUUCGGUUGAAAAAAAGGUAUUAAUGAUUAACAAAGUUAAUGAAGGAAAGAAAAAAAAAAGAUAUUCCCAAUGAAUUCGGAGCUCUUCCCUGCACUUUAUCAAAUAUUUUAAAAAAUAAGGAAGUGAUUUUAAAAAAUGCGGAGGAUUUGGCAGUAAAUACCAAACGCAAAAGACUUCGACCUUGUCAUUUUGAGGAUGUUGACGAAGCAAUGCUGAAAUGGUUACUCGUUGCACGUGGUAAGAAUCUCCCUUUAUCUGGACCAUUAUUGAAGCAAAAGGCCAAAGAUUUUGCGGAAGCACUAGGACACCACGAAUUUGCGGCAAGUACAGGUUGGUUAGACAAGUUCAAAAUUCGGCAUGGCGUUAUUCAAAAGAUAUUAUGUGGGGAAAGUGCUGACGCCAACAUAGAAAACCGUGAUGAAUGGGUAACGAACGCCUUACCGAAAUUAAUUGAAAAUUACAACAUUAACGACAUUUUUAAUGCCGACGAGACUGCUUUGUUUUUCAAAUGCUUGCCAACUAAAACACUGGCAUUCAAAAAUGAAAAAUGCUUUGGUGGGAAGCAAAGCAAGGAGAGAAUAACUGUCCUGGUGGGAAGCAAUAUGACUGGAUCAGUAAAGCUAAAAUUGCUGGUAAUCGGAAAGGCCAAAAAUCCGAGGUGCUUCAAGGGAAUAAAAUCUUUAGGUGUCGAUUAUGAGUUUAACAAAAAAGCAUGGAUGACCAGUGAGAUUUUUACGAAAUGGAUUGUAAAACUCGACAAAAAAUUUUGUGAUCAAAACAGAAAGGUUUUGGUUUUUGUUGAUAACUGUACUGCCCACCCUAAAGAUGUAAGAGACAAGUUGAGAAACAUUCAUCUCGCUUAUUUUCCUCCCAACAUGACUUCGUUACUUCAACCAAUGGACCAAGGCAUUAUCUACAACAUGAAACAACAUUACAGAAAACGAAUUUUAACGAAUAUAUUGACUCAAGUGGAUGGGGGAAAUUCUGUUAUGGCCAUAGACUUGCUGCAAGCAGUUCGAAAUCUUAGCAAUGUAUGGAAUGUCUAUGUUAAACCAGAAACAAUUGCCAACUGUUUUAAAAAGGCUGGAUUUUCAAAAGAUGCCAUGCAGAUUACAUUUGAGCAUUGGGAUGAAGAGGACCUUCUUUCAAUAUCAGAUUUGGCUGCUUUACAGUCUUCAUUUAAAAAAGUAGCAAAUAUCGAAGCAUCGUUUGAUGACUACGUAAAUGUUGAUAAUGGUGUGCAGACUUGGGACAACCCAUCCGAAGAAGAUAUUCUCAGCAGCAUUUUUGAAAGUCGCGGAGUUCCAGCUGAACCUGAUAACGAUGAACACGAUUUGACCGUUGAAGAAUUGGCAGAAACUGAGGAGGCAUUACCUACGUUGAUACAAGCUGCUUCAUCCAUUAGCGUAAUUAGAACCUUUGUGGAAAUGAGGAGUGACGUGCCGAUUAAUGUUUUCAACUCUCUACAUGAUUUGGAAGCUUUUAUUGAAAAUGAAAAAUGGAAGAUUGUAAUUCAAACCAAACUCACUGAUUAUUUUAAAUAAAAUUACAUAAAAAAUCAAUGUUUCUUUAUAAUGAAGUUUCUAUAUAGUGAAGUGAUUUUCAGGUCCCGUGCGAAUUCACUAUAUGGAAGUUCG